GCUUUGGUGAAUGAGGAAGGAGGGGAGAGAAAGAAAGAGGGAGAGGAGGAGAGAGGGAGAAAACAGUAGCUGCCUCUGGAGGAAACAAUUGUGAAGGGGCCUCAUAUCGGGAGGAACGGAACUACGAGACUGGCACACAACACGAGCAGCGGUCCAAUGGCUCAGGCGGCUGCUAACGGUGUAGAGCAGGAUUUGGCAAGCAAGAGGCUUCACUCAAGGAUGGAGGCCUCUUGUUUGGAGUUGGCCUUGGAAGGAGAGCGGCUAUGCAAGGCUGGAGACUUUAAAGGGGGAACAGCAUUUUUUGAGGCAGCCGUCCAGGUCGGCACCGAAGACCUGAAGACCCUCAGUGCCAUUUACAGCCAGCUGGGCAAUGCAUACUUCUACCUCAAGGAGUAUGGCAAAGCUCUAGAGUACCACAAGCAUGACCUUACUUUGGCCAGAACUAUUGGAGACAGGAUUGGAGAAGGAAAAGCCAGUGGGAAUCUUGGGAACACAUUAAAAGUGUUGGGCCGCUUUGACGAGGCUGUUGUGUGCUGUCAAAGACAUCUAGAUAUUUCUCAAGAGCAGGGCGAUAAGGUUGGAGAGGCCAGAGCACUGUACAACAUAGGGAAUGUGUUCCAUGCGAAAGGCAAACAGCAGUUAUGGGGCUGCACCCAGGAACCAGGGGAUCUGCCCGCUGAUGUCAGAGACACAUUGCAAAGGGCUACCGGCUUUUAUGAGAUGAACUUGUGUUUGGUGAAAGAACUAGGGGACCGAGCUGCUCAGGGAAGAGCAUAUGGAAACCUGGGAAACACACACUAUCUGCUGGGAAACUUUGUCGAAGCAAUCAAGUUUCACCGGCAGAGAUUAUCCAUUGCCAAAGAAUUUGGGGACAAGGCGGCAGAGCGGCGAGCCUACAGUAACCUAGGAAAUGCUCUCAUAUUCCUGGGCCAGUUCAACACAGCCACGGAGUACUACAGGAAUACCCUGCAGCUGUCAAAGCAGCUGAGGGACCAGGUGAUGGAGGCUCAGGCCUGUUACAGCCUCGGAAACACCUACACUCUUUUGCAGCAGUACGAGAGGGCCAUAGACUACCACCUGAAACACCUGUAUAUUGCCCACGAGCUUACUGACAGGGUCGGUGAGGGCCGUGCUUGCUGGAGUCUGGGAAACGCAUACGUGUCUUUAGGAAACCACAAACAAGCUCUACACUAUGCCCGAAAGCACCUGGACAUCUCGAAAGAAAUUGGAGACAGGAAUGGGGAACUGACGGCCAGAAUGAACGUGGAGCAGCUAAUGGAGGUUCUCGGGGUCAAUGAGAGCGACCUCUCGCCAUCCAGUUCAGAGUUUGAAAUGCAAGGAGCAAGGCCCAAAUUCACCAAGAUAAACAGCAUGGACAGCGUAGAACUGUGGAAGUACUCUUCGGACAAGAAUGGUGAGAACCAAGAAACCAACCUGGAAAGUAUAUCCAAGAGAUCCAAGAGUCAGCUGUCACAGCCUGGUAAAAGGAAAGGCUAUCCUGACAGUCAGUCAUCAGAUGAGAGGCCGUGGUUGGACUCUCCAGUGGACACUGAUGACAUCACUGUGCAGGUCCCGACUCCAGUGCCAAAGCUGGGCAGUGACCCAUCCGAUGAAGACUGUUUUUUUGACCUCCUCAGCAAGUUCCAGAGCAGCCGCAUGGAUGACCAGCGCUGCCAUUUUGAUGACGCGGACGGAGAGCAAGGAGAAGAUGCCGCGAACUCUGUGGCUCCUCUGAAUGAGAUGUUAGAUCCUGCAAUCACCACUUCCCCUCAGACUGAGGAGCUUUUCGAUUUGAUUGCCAGCUCUCAGAGCCGCCGCCUUGAUGACCAGAGGGUUAAUGUCGGUAACCUUCCAGGCCUGAGGAUCACUCACAACAAUCUAGGUCACCUGGUGGGUGAGGGAGAUCAUCAGGAGCCCAGUGAUGACUUCUUUAACAUGCUCAUCAAGUGCCAGUCCUCCAGGAUUGAUGAUCAGAGGUGCUCCCCGCCAGAAGCUGGCCCCCACGCCCCCACAGUGCCUGAUGAAGACUUCUUCAGUCUAAUCCAGCGGGUGCAGGCCAAGCGCAUGGACGAGCAGCGUGUCCACCUGCCCACGGAGGACGAUGAAGAGUCCUCUGAUCCAGAGCCACCUGGUGGAUUUUCCAGCUAGGACUUGGUGAAUGACACUGCACUUCACGGCAAACAAACAAACAAAAAAAAGGAGAAGAAAUGAAAGAGGGAGGAGCCAACAUUAAAAAAAACAACAACAAAAAAAAACAGCACAAGGCUGAACCAACACAUAACAAGACAAAUUCAAAUGUGCAAUAGUUGGUGCUCUAUAAAAUGUUGGUCUGUGUAUUAUUUUAAAAUGCGUGUAAAUGUAACGGGAAUUGAGCAGAAUUUGAGCUUUUUUUUGGUUUAAGAAGGAAGGAGAAACGCAGCAAGAGAACUCGGUUCGAUGAACUCAUUCUAAUGCCUUAAUCAGCAUUUCUCAGACUCAAGAUUGUAUUCGCUUGUGUCAGAUGUGGUUUCUAGAAGCAUACGAUGGCUAAUGAUUAACGCAGAGCUUUGUCACUCGAGUCAUGGAAAUCACAAAGAUUUAAUGACGGGAAUGGAGUUGGUGUAAACAAAGAAAGGAGAUCAGAGAGAGAGAGAGAGAAACUAUAGAUUUGCACUGAAAAAAAAUCUAAAGUGGGUCAGUGUAGAUAGCCUCGAUCGUUCAAUGUUUGUGGUUCCCAUUGCUCAUGGAGAAGUGGUGUUAUUUGUGCAGUCACAGUAUUGGGCAUGGCCUUUCAGUGUUAAUCAGGCUGCUUCAGACAGUGUAAACACGACUGAGGACCACGUUUGUUUUUCUGACCAAGUAUGAUUCCAAUCGAAAGACUGACUGUGACAAACUUUUCACACAUAACUGUUGUUUGUGUGGAUUUAUGCAUUUUAAAAAAAAUAAAAAUAAAAAAUGCACCAGUAAAUGCAGUAACUUGAGGUUUGCAAAAAUGAUAAAAUAGCUGUUUAUUUUAUAGAUGUAAGAGUGUUAUAAUUCAAACUCCUGAAUAUUUCUGCUUGUCUUUUUAAAGUGAUGCUCUCUGCUGCCCAUCUAAUAACAGACUACUACUUACUGCCAUUAUUAUUAACUUACUUAAAAAAAAUAAACAAAGAAAAUGGAGAAAGUGGGUGCUUCAAGCUUUGAGUCUAAUACCAUGAACAAUAUUGUGGGUUUUGUGGUGCUGGUACAGUGCCUCCCUGUGGUCAAAACCCUGUAUUACCUCUGUGAGAUACAGAGUGCCGUCAGGUUGUGGAUAAAUGUGAUUCCCAUCCUGAAUAUUUGUAUGACCAUGUUGUAAUUGUGUUAUUCUGCUCCAAACGCUCCUCUUUGGGUUUGCUGCACAAAGCAAAAAAAAAAAAAAGCAAAAAAAAUUACCUUUGGGCUAUUUUUUUUAUUCAGAAUUAGUGCUUACCUCAUUUUUGUACCUCAGACCUUAUAGGAAUCUUAGAAAGACUGAUUUCUGAAACCGGAUGGAUCACAGUGUAGAUCAUACUGGUUCUGUUUUUAAGUCAUCUCUCUUCUAUUAAAACAAACACAUUGGGAGCAACAUUAGAUAUUUUCUUUUUUCUGUAUUUUGUGAAUUAACAUUUAUAAAAAAAAAAGAAAGUAUGUGGUACGCGUUUUUCCUCUGCCAUAAUUUGUACAUAUAAAUAUUUUGUAUUUAUGUUCCAUUUAAAGACAUGAAUAUGUCCCUUCAUGCUUUUAAUAAAAUGUUUCAGAUGUUUUUCUUUCGGCUGUUUUUGGAUACAAAAAAAAACCAUAGUCUUGUCAGGCUUUUUACACAUAAGUUUAACGUAACGCUGACCUCUGUAGUGCAGAAUUUCAUUUGUGAAAUUAGCAAAUAAGUUCAGCCUCAAUGAAUGGAUUGGAUUUCUCAAGCCCAUUCUUUAGAGAGGAACGAAGCACAAAGGCCCCAAAAUAAGAAAAACUUGAUUUUCAACAUCAAGUUGAUGUGAAGAAUGUGUUACCCUGUGAUGACACCUACUCCCAUGCCAUUACACAAUAUUUACAAAGGUUAUCAUUCUCUUUUUGAUCAAAUCCUCAUAAACAAGAUCCUAUAAAUGUCAUAAAAUUAAAGCAAUAAACAUUGUCAGAUUACCUCACACAAUGUUGAUAAGGUCUAUCCGCUCCACAUGACUAUUUCUCAGAAUAACGGUGUUUGUCUUUUAGUGAUUCAUUUAAUGUCAAGGCGGAUGGAGGCAACAGCAGUAUUGUGAAAGUAAAACUCGGUUGGAGUGUGACUGAAAAUGCAAAGAAGCAGCCAGGAAAAGUGUCGGGAAGUGAAACUCUGGUCAUUCAGCAAUUUGAAUAGAUAAAUGCUUCCAGUCAGGUUUGACAAAGAGCCAGACACUGAACACUGUAAAUCAUGAAAUUAAAACCACGACUAAAACCUGAUCCUGAACACUGUCCCUCUGCCUCUAAUUUCAGCCCUGCUCCCCGUCAUUCACCUUUCACUCCCUCCCUCCUUCCCUCCCUCCCUCCUUCCUUCCUUCUCCUCAGCUGAUCACUCCUCGCUCUCACCCAGAAUGCAACGCAGGCUGAACAGGCUCAGCUGUACUAUAAAAAGGCGCAGCACGGGGGAGGGAGGGCCGCCGUUCAGCAGCAACUGCGCAUACACACACUCACGGGGAUCCAGGGACAGCAGCUCCUUGCACUGGGAUCUAGAGCCACAGCGCGAAAGAGAGUUGAAGGAAAUCAUCUGACGCAACACAAUGGCA